AGGAGGGGAUUUCCUUGGGGUCUGGAGCCACAGGACGAUCCCCCUGCAGAGGGUACCAGUGAUGUCUCUAAAGGUCUCCGAGGACCGCUGGUUAAGAAGCCCCCGCCCCCCCGGGGCCCGAAGCCUGGGGACAACCGAGCGGCGCGCUCCGGCGUCCUAGAGAGGAGCUCGUGAGUCUCAGCGACAGGGCCCGGCGGUGACGCGCUUCCGGUCACGCUGCACACUGCGCCUUUUCUGAGGUGAGUGGUGGGCUUCGUCGCCGGGCGUCUCUGCUAGGGGCACACCCUUCGCCCUUGGAGGAGGCUGCCUGCAGCGUCCCGGAAACCGUGGUGGAGGGAGGCGGAGGCUGGCUGCCUGCCGGCCAGUGCUGCCUUCCCGUGGGUGGCUUCGCUCGCCCCAGCCCACAGCUGCCGCUUUGGGACGAGGAGCGGUGGACGGAAAGUAGGCGCUCUGUGUGCGCGUCACGGCUGCGGAGCCCUGCCCUUUGGCUCCACCACGACCUACCGAACAGCUGCGGCUCCAAGUUCCGGGGAUGCGGCUGGAAAGGAGCCAAGCGUGGGCCCCACCCUCCGGGAGCUUUCAGUUUAGUGGGAAAGUCACAUAGUCAUCAAACGUGAUCGAUUGACGCCACCUGCUUGCAGCCCAGUAGCUGUGGCCUGUUGCUUUCCGGCUCAAGACCAACUCCUUAACGUGUGCACAGGUCCCUGCAUGGCUCCCAUCUUCUACAACGCCCCUGCCCUUCACCGAGAGGGAGCCAAGGUGAUGGCAGCCAUGCCCCUGAAUGCCUGGCACCAGGAGUUGGUGACCUUUAAGGAUGUGGCUGUAUACUUCACCCGGACAGAAUGGGCUGGUCUUUCUCCCACACAGAAGGCCCUAUACAGAAGCGUGAUGCUGGAGAAUUAUGGGAACUUGACAUCCCUGGGAUACCCAGUGCCCAAACCUGCCCUGAUCUCACUUCUGGAGGGAGAGAAUUUGCCUUGGGGCUUGGAGGCACAGGAGAACCCAUCUGCAGAGGGGACCAAAGACAUCUGUAAAGAUACUGAGACCAGCGUUGGCAAUGAGUCCACAUCAACACAGGGAAUUUCUGAAGAAAGAGAUAUGAUAUUGUCACAUGGGUUGCAGAAGAGUGCUGUUCAGGGAGCCAACUUUCUAGAAGCCUGUGAACUGGAAAAGCACCAGGAAAUCCCCACAGUGAAAAAUAUUAAAGGAAAGGUUCCAAGAAUGCACUGUGCAAGGAAACCCUUCAGCUGUGAGGAGUGUGGGAAAUGCUUCAGUUAUUUUUCGUAUUAUGUGCGACACCAGAGAAUCCACACUGGGGAGAAACCCUUUGAGUGUAAUGAGUGUGGAAAAGCCUUUAAUGGCAAUUCUUCAUUAAUUCGGCACCAGAGAAUCCACACUGGAGAGAAACCCUAUCAAUGUGAAGAGUGUGGGCGAGCCUUUAAUGAUAACGCCAAUCUGAUCAGGCAUCAGAGAAUCCACAGUGGGGACCGGCCCUAUCUCUGUGGAGAGUGUGGAAACAGUUUUACCAGCAGUUCCGAGUUUGUUAUACAUCAAAGAAUCCACACUGGGGAGAGACCUUAUGAGUGUAAUGAGUGUGGAAAAGCUUUUGUUGGUAAUUCACCACUACUUCGACAUCAGAAAAUCCACACCGGAGAAAAACCCUAUGAAUGUAAUGAGUGCGGCAAGAGCUUUGGAAGGACGUCCCAUCUUAGCCAACAUCAGCGUAUUCACACGGGAGAAAAGCCUUAUUCUUGUAAAAUUUGUGGGCAGGCCUUCAGUUUUCAUACAAAAUUAACUCGGCACCAGAGAGUCCACAGUGAAGAGAAACCCUUUGACUGUGUAGAUUGUGGAAAAGCCUUUAGUGCUCAGGAACAAUUAAAAAGGCAUCUGAGGAUCCAUAUUCAGCAGGCCUCCUAUUUGUGUGACGCGUGUGGAAAAGUCUUCACUGGCAAAAGAAAUCUUCUUCAGCAUCAAAGAAGCCAUACUGCAGAGAAAACCUAUGAGUGUGUCAAGUACAGAAAAACCUUUAGGACUUCUUCCAAGCUAGGUCAUCAUGAGCGUGUCCACCCUGGAGACAAACCUGUCCUGGACAUUUGUCAUUUUGGCCUCCCAGAGUUUUUCACUCCGUUUUACUGGUAGUAGAUUACUGAAUUUGCCUUUGGCUUUUUUGUCUUCCACUCAAGAGUAGGAUGUGUGACACAGGCCCGGCCCAGCUGCACGUUCCUUCCCCUCGGCUGUGGCUGGUGGUUCAGAUGUCAGUAGUUUACCCAGCGUGGUCCAGUCACAGUUGCAGGACUUGGCAGGAGUUACUAGGAAGAAAUACUCUUCUUUUACCCCCUUAGUCUUAAAGCUGAGAGGAGCU